AGCGCUCCGCUCCGCUGGGCUCGAGUGCGCGCCGCGGCCAUGCAGCGCCGGGGCGCCCUGUUCGGUAUGCCGGGCGGCAGCGGCAGCAGGAAGAUGGCUGCAGGAGACAUCGGCGAGCUGCUAGUGCCCCACAUGCCCACGAUCCGUGUGCCCAGGUCCGGGGACAGGGUCUACAAGAACGAGUGCGCCUUCUCCUACGACUCCCCGAAUUCUGAAGGCGGACUCUAUGUAUGCAUGAAUACAUUUUUGGCCUUUGGAAGGGAACACGUGGAAAGACACUUUCGAAAAACUGGACAGAGUGUCUACAUGCACCUGAAGAGACAUGUGCGCGAGAAGGUAAGAGGUGCAUCUGGUGGCGCUUUACCCAAAAGGAGGAAUUCCAAGAUUUUUUUAGAUCUAGAUACUGAUGACGAUUUAAAUAGCGACGAUUAUGAAUAUGAAGAUGAAGCCAAACUUGUUAUAUUCCCAGACCACUAUGAAAUAGCCCUACCAAAUAUUGAGGAGUUACCAGCCCUGGUAACAAUUGCUUGUGAUGCAGUUCUCAGCUCAAAAUCUCCAUACAGAAAGCAGGACCCAGAUACAUGGGAGAAUGAACUGCCAAUGUCGAAAUAUGCCAAUAACCUCACCCAGUUAGACAAUGGAGUCAGAAUUCCUCCAAGUGGCUGGAAGUGUGCCAGGUGCGACCUUCGGGAGAACCUCUGGUUGAACCUGACCGAUGGCUCCGUGCUGUGUGGGAAGUGGUUCUUUGACAGCUCCGGGGGCAACGGGCAUGCGCUGGAGCAUUACAGAGACACAGGCUACCCUCUCGCUGUGAAACUGGGGACCAUCACUCCGGACGGGGCCGAUGUUUAUUCUUUCCAAGAAGAGGAAGCUGUUUUGGACCCUCAUUUGGCCAAGCACUUAGCACAUUUUGGAAUUGACAUGCUUCAUAUGCAUGGGACAGAGAACGGGCUCCAGGACAAUGACAUCAAGCCACGGGUCAGCGAGUGGGAGGUGAUCCAGGAGACGGGGACGAAGCUGAAGCCCAUGUACGGCCCAGGGUACACAGGGCUCAAGAACCUGGGCAACAGCUGCUAUCUCAGCUCCGUGAUGCAGGCCAUCUUCAGCAUCCCAGAGUUCCAGAGAGCGUAUGUAGGAAAUCUUCCAAGAAUAUUUGACUACUCUCCUUUAGAUCCAACGCAAGAUUUCAACACACAGAUGACUAAGUUAGGACAUGGCCUUCUCUCAGGCCAGUAUUCAAAACCUCCCGUGAAGUCUGAGCUCAUUGAACAGGUGAUGAAGGAGGAGCUCAAGCCUCAACAGAAUGGGAUCUCCCCACGCAUGUUUAAGGCCUUUGUGAGCAAGAGCCACCCGGAAUUCUCCUCCAACAGACAGCAGGAUGCCCAGGAGUUUUUCCUGCACCUGGUGAAUCUAGUAGAGAGGAACCGCAUUGGCUCAGAAAACCCAAGUGAUGUUUUUCGGUUUUUGGUGGAAGAGCGGAUUCAGUGCUGUCAGACCCGAAAAGUCCGCUACACAGAGAGAGUGGACUACCUGAUGCAAUUACCUGUGGCCAUGGAGGCGGCAACCAACAAAGAUGAACUGAUCGCCUAUGAACUAACGAGAAGGGAAGCAGAAUCAAACAGAAGACCCCUUCCCGAGUUGGUUCGUGCCAAGAUCCCAUUCAGUGCCUGCCUGCAGGCCUUUUCUGAACCAGAAAAUGUUGAUGAUUUCUGGAGCAGUGCCCUGCAAGCAAAGUCUGCGGGUGUGAAAACAUCUCGCUUUGCCUCAUUCCCUGAAUACUUGGUAGUGCAGAUAAAGAAGUUCACUUUUGGUCUUGACUGGGUUCCCAAAAAAUUUGAUGUUUCUAUUGAUAUGCCAGACCUACUUGAUAUCAACCAUCUCCGAGCCAGGGGGUUGCAACCAGGAGAGGAGGAACUUCCAGACAUCAGCCCCCCAAUAGUGAUUCCUGAUGACUCUAAAGAUCGCCUGAUGACCCAAUUGAUAGACCCAUCAGAUAUUGAUGAGUCAUCGGUGAUGCAGCUGGCUGAGAUGGGCUUCCCUCUAGAAGCGUGUCGGAAGGCUGUGUAUUUUACUGGAAAUAUGGGAGCCGAGGUGGCCUUCAACUGGAUCGUUGUUCAUAUGGAAGAGCCAGAUUUUGCUGAACCGCUGACCAUGCCUGGUUAUGGAGGAGCAGCUUCUGCUGGGGCCUCUGUUUUUGGUGCUACUGGAUUGGAUAACCAACCUCCGGAAGAAACUGUAGCUAUCAUUACCUCCAUGGGAUUCCAUCGAAAUCAGGCUAUUCAGGCCCUGCGAGCAACGAAUAGUAAUCUGGAAAGAGCACUGGAUUGGAUCUUUAGCCACCCUGAGUUUGAGGAGGACAGUGACUUUGUGAUCGAGAUGGAGAAUAACGCCAAUGCGAACAUCGUUUCUGAGGCCAAACCCGAAGGACCUAGAGUCAAGGAUGGAUCUGGAAUGUAUGAAUUAUUUGCGUUCAUCAGUCACAUGGGAACGUCCACAAUGAGUGGCCACUACGUUUGUCACAUUAAAAAGGAAGGAAGAUGGGUGAUCUACAAUGACCACAAAGUUUGUGCCUCAGAAAGGCCCCCUAAAGACCUGGGCUACAUGUACUUUUACCGCAGGAUACCAAGCUAAACCUCAGAUGUACAAAUUGGCCAGAAGAAGCCGUACGCCUUUUUAAUUUGCAAAAAAAAAAAAAAAAAGCAAGAGGUUGGGAUAGCCAGACAUGAGGGAAUACAUGGGGUAUUUAUAGUUUAUUUAAAGAACAUCAUUUGACGCCUUCUAAAAUAGAACUGGGAGGAAAUUUCUAUUAGUGAUGAUACACUACUGUAGAUAGUUUUUCUUUUUAUAAAUGUUUAAGAAGAAGAUGAUUUUAAAAAAGUAUUCAUAUUCCUGGUGGGGGAUCUUCCACUAGCACACUGAAAACAGGAAGUGCCAUCAGACCCCUGUGCUUUGAUUUGGGGGUCAGUGAUAGUGGUCCCCAGAGAAACCAAUAGGGCCAGUUGUGUAGCCUCACCCACCAUAAACAAAAAGCCCACUUUUGUUUCAUAUCGAAAAUCAGUAACUGGGCUGAGCUCUAUUUGUGACAUAAUUUUUUUCAUGACACACAAUAAUUUCUGAUCUCUCCGUGUAUAGAUAAGAACAUCAGCAAUGAAGAUAUUUUUAAUUUAAUCAUAUCAAAAUGCAUAAUACAACUGUAUGAAUGUGUGUGAGAGUGAGACUGAGAGUGUGAGACCAUUAUAGUCAACUAGAAAAGCUGUGACGGGUUGGUUUUUCAAGGUUAAAAUAGUUGGAAAAAGCAAGUAAAUAUUUUAAAGAAACUAUAUCUCAGGAACAGUUAAAAAAAAAUUAGUUCCCCAUUUAGGUUUUCCGGCAUUAGGAGGGCUGUUGUCCCUUGCAGUGCUGUCUAGAAUUCACUUGGAUUUGUGACGUUUGGUGGUAUGAACGCAGAUGCCCCCAGCAGCAGUGUUUUCUCUGCCAAAAGUAGAUGAAUUCUGUAUCUCAGCAGCCCUUCCCACUAAGGCAUAGGCGUGUGUGUUUUUAGUUAAAAUAGCUGAUCUCUUCUUACCAUAACACAUGACAACUCCCUGGAAUCAUUUCAAGUGUCCCAAAUUUGUCCGUAAUUUUCUCAUCCCCCAGCUUGUCGCUUGCUUACAUGUCUCUGUUUUCUGGGGCAGAAUUUCAUCUCUGCCCUUGGCUAAUCACCUCCAGACUUGCCUCCACUGCUUCUCUGCCAUGACCAGUAGUGUGAUCAUCAGCAGUUUAAGGGUUUCAGAUAGAAAGAAACUUGCUAUGAUGCUAUGAAAGACCAUCGUUUCCAUUUUGGCAUUUCAGUAUUUUAGUUGCAACCUGGGAUUUGAUCAGAGUUUCAGAUGUGAUGAAAAAGUGGAACGGCAGUCUCUAAUUUUUCUGCUGCUCUAUACCAAAUGCUAGGGUCUCUGGAGUUUCUAUUUCAGAUUGUGCAGUCAAAUAAAAAAGGACUUAUUGCUGUCUGCUUAACAUGCAUUUGGUUGGUUAGAAAGGAUUUUUCUGGAAGAUGUAGGAAAAUAAAGUAGAACCAACGGGGUGAAAUAUAGCACAGAAUUUCACAAUUCUGUAAAUCCAGAAACUGAAUUAUGUGUUGUGUGUUAUGAACAGUCAGGAUUCUGGUGAUGAUGGGGGCCCUUCUCAUGGGAGAUCUGUUAGGCUUGUGAGCGAAGGAUGCAGAGCCUGUGGCCUGGGGACCUGGGUUAUGUCCAUGGCUGGGCGAGUCUCCUCAUCCCCCUGUGUCUCACUUCCCUUCUCCACACAAUGGUGUGAUGACUCUGCCCUUCCUUUCCGGGUGCACUUUGAGAAUGUGGUGAGAAUCUGAUACGCUGACCCUCUGAAGAGCAGCAGGCGUGUGGGGCCAGCGUGGCUGGUAGAGAGUGCCUCUCUUCUCUCCUGAUGUUUCUUCAGUUUGGGAACAAAUGAGAUUGGCAGAGGGAGGGAGCUCAUGGUGCAGUAACUCUCUACUGAACUGCCCACUGGGGUCACCUUUUCACAUCGUCUCAGACAUCCCAAAGUAGCCCCACUGGGUGACACAAGUCCCUGACUCUCCCAGAAACCUCCACACUGAUCAGCCUUACAAAAUCCAGUCUCCUUAGGGCUGAGGAUCAUAGAAUAAUGAACACACAUGAAACUGAUUUGACUGCAGUUACAAAGUGAAGGCCCUUCCUGGGGGGUGGGAGGGUAACUGGGGCUUUGGAUUGAAAUGUGGACAAAAAUAGCAUGUGUAUUCUGAACAAAUUAAAAAAAAUUUAUAAUAAAACUUUGCAGAAUGAAUGGUUUCAAGCCAGUAUGUAUAGUUACAGGCUACACAUUAUUUAAUUCAUGAAGUAGAAAAAGAGAUUCAGCCCUUUUGAUACCUAAACACAUCAUAAGAAAGUGGAAUAUGGCUGCCUUUUUUUUCUGCCUCACAAAACAAAGGGCUAUUUAUACAAGGCAAAGUUUUGUAUAUGUGUUCUUUAUUUCAGAUUGUGAGUUGGGGAAAACUGAAGCAAAUAUCAGUCUUCUUUCAUGCUUAUAAAUGUAUUAAUAUGUAUAUCUUAAUAUGUUCAAGGCAGGCCUACCUGGAAUCAGAGUAUGGAAUAUACUGCUUAAUUUUAUACAUGUAUGUAGGUGUGAUGAUUUAUGACUGAAAACUGGAAUAAUGUAUUUUGUCAACUGGUCAUCAACCUGUUAGGAGUCUUCUCUGUCUUAGGCGGUGGUGUAAUUGUGAAAUUCUCACUUUGUGUGUGUGUAUGUGAAAGAGAGCACUUUCUUCCUGUAAAUAUCUUUUGAUACCCAUCUAUGUAAAAUCCUGAUGAAUGUGUCUUGAAAUGUACAGCGUAUCAAGGUUCUUGUUUUGUUAGUUAAUCUAAAUGCCCACAUAACUCAUCAGAAAUCCAGUUUAAUUCAUAUUGGGAUUCUUUUUUCGAGGGGAGAAGAAGUGUGCAAACAAAACUAUUAGGAAGAGUCCCAUAUGAAUGCCAUUUUAUGUCAACAUUGCUUUAAUAUUUUGAAUUGACUUGCUGUUUUCUCCCACCUACGAGAGAAUGUGCCUGCCAUUCCCCUGUGCUCACUGUGGGCUGUAGGGAGUAGCCUGUUCCUCCCCAUAGCAUCUGUUCCUUUGACCUGAACUGGAUGAAGCCUUACCUGCAAUCUGGUGAGAGCACCUGGAUUUGUAGCACGACUCUGCUGCUAAGUGACAUGGGGCCGAGUUGCUUUAUCUCCCCGGCCCUUUUUCCUUAAAAUGAGUGGGUUAGACCAGCUAAGCUCAGGAGUCCAUUUCUGCCCUAGCAUUCAAUUCUAUUUUUAUUUUCCUACAGUUGGUACUAUGGUCAGACAUGUGAGAUGCAAGGGCACAUAGAGGUUAGAUGUUGUUUCUGGUUAAUAGCUCACACACUCCACUUUUGAACUUGUCUCGUUUUUAGUGUCCCCAUCCCAAAUUCUAGUCCCAGUUUCUUGGGUAAUCACUUUAAUUAUCCAAUUUUUUUUUUCUCUCCAUUUCCCAGUUGGUCUUUUGUUACCUUUACCUUCUUCCUCAAAGAUGAAAAAUCUGCUUUACAGCACAUCUUGCCCUGAAAAACAUCAGAACUGCCUUCAGCUAACUCUGUAACCUUUAUGGAAUAUUAUCUUAUUUUAAUUCAGUUAUAGCUGCGAUCCUCAAGUAAGUUUUUCUACCACACAAAUGAUGUCUUUUUAUCUGGUAGGCAUCAUGGUUGCUACAUCACAUCAUCCGUGUGGGGAGAUGGCUGGGGUUGGGAGCAGGAUGGGGGGACAGGGUUAGAUAAGUUGUGAUUCUAUGCUUUACCUAAGGUCGAAAAUUCUAGGUUACAGAACAAGCUUCUUUACCCUUAAGUUGGUGUAUAAGAUCAGCCAGGCAGUGCCACAGAGAUUUCCUACUCAGUAGAUAAUCCUGAAAGCGUUUGUGUUAUGAUUCUGUAGACCCAUGUGAUUCAACACAGCUGUCCAUGGCCACAUGUGACUCAUGACUGGAAAUGCGGCCUGUCCACAAUGAGGUGGUGCUGUAAACAGAAAAUGCAUACCAGAUUUGGAAGGCUUAAUACCAGAAAGAAUGCAAAAUAUUGCAUCAUAUUUUAUACUAUGUGCUAAAAUGACAGUAUUUUAGACAUAUCAAGAUAUUGAUAAAGUUUCACUCUAAUCUUUUUUAAAUGUGGCUACCAAAAAAGAUUGAAAUUAGACGCGUGUUGUACUUCUGUUGGACAAUGCUCCUCUAGGCCAGGUGCUGUGGGGAGGUAGUAGAGAUCAUGUAGGCAUAAAAGGUAAUUCUGCAAAGCAUCCAUAGAGAAGCAGCACAAACAUUUUCAUUGGAGUCGGGAGCACUGUGAGGUACAGAAUGCCUUCUAGAAAGCAGAUUUUUCUACCUAAGAACCAAUAUAUGUAUAUAGAAGACCCCAAAUGAAAACCAGAAACACAUGAGCCCAAACUCUGUUCCUUCAGUUUUGCCUAAAAGCUGCUGACUUUGUGUUUCUUUUUAAAGCAUCUUCCAGGUGCCAAGGAUAUUAGCCACAUGAGGGUGUUGGGCAGAUUUGUUUCACUUUGGGCAACAUUCUCUUGUGGUUUCCCCUCCCCAGGUAUUGUUUUCUUCUGUUCAGAGCUGGGCAUGUUGAAAUAAAUGUGCAAAUCUGGACGCUCCUCCUGGCCUCUGCGGAGGCUGAGCCUGUGACCUGCACCCAUCUGCUCGGCAGGUUUCGAUGUUGGUUCCUGAAAAGAGUUGGUGUUUCUUUUGCACUAGUCACAGUUGUUGUUUGAAAUAUCUCAAAUGUUUUGGGAGACUAUUUGCCUGUGAUGGAAAGAGAGAUGGAUGAUUUAUUGCUUCACUUCUUUUAAAAUUAAAAGCUAUUCUCACAAUC